GCCUGCUGCUCUCAGAGCAACUGCACAUACUUAGAGAUAUACAUUAAGAUUCAAACCUCAAGCGUUGUGAGCCAGCCUCUACACUCCAGACCUAUGUGGGUGUUGGAGCAGAUUCGGGUCUCUGUGGAUCAGAACCACUUUGCAUUGCCUUUGGACUACACCAUACGUCUGGCAGACAUGUUUUGGGAGAAAGCAACGCAGGACAAAAGGAAGAAAAUGUCCUUGUAUCCUAAUAUUAUCACCCCAAACACCAUCCCAGAGUUCUGCAUCCCACCAAAGAUCACACCCGUACAGGAGCUAAAGACACUGGACUGGAGUAAACACAUCCCCACUGCAAAGGGGAUUUUGCCUGAAAGUGGAAGUCCAGAAGACAGUGCUAUGGCCAGGGGAUCAUGCAGCUCUCACAUCAUACAGGUGGAAAAUGUAGAUGAGCCACCUUACAGCAGUGGAUUCAGCGAUGAAGAGCGUACCAAUGCAGACCCUCAGAGUCAGGCAGCUCUCUCUCUACCCCACCUGGCCAAAGCCCAGACCAGCUAUGGGUUCUGUACCUUACUAGAGAGUCCACACACCCGAAGGAAGGAGUCUCUUUUCCACAAUGACCCCAGCAUGUGUGGAGUAUCUCUGGUCAGUCCUCGGAGCAGGACUCAUAGCACUUACUCUACCCCAGCUCACUGUGCCUCUUUCAGCCUUAACAAACUCACCUCUAGGCUCCCACCCCAGAGGGUGAUGGCCAUACACCGACAGGGCACUCUAGACAGUGACACCACCUCCUCCACAGAGUCUUCCCCCUUUAACUCCCCUUUAUUGGCCAGACCUCCCACCAAAUCCUCCCUCCUCAAAGCCCUUGGUCAUGAGAAGCUGUUAUCCAGGACUGUCAGGAGAGCGAUGCUGUCAAGAAACAGCUCUCUGUCCACAGAUGAGGGCAGCUCCACAGACAAUAGCCCCAACAUCAUUCGGAGGGCCUCUGAAGGCUUAGCAGAGCCCCUACCCAAUAUGGGGUUGGCCCCUCCUGCAAUUUUUCCCACAGACUUGAUGCCGUUCAGAGAGAGAGUUAUGAAGGAGAGCCUUGUGCCUGUUGGGAAAGACGGAACGCUGCGUCUGGCAGCUGAGUAUUGCCCCAAUAAUCAGAGGCUCAGAGUGAGGCUUAUCAGCGUGGAGGGACUGUAUGCCAUAUCUGCAGACCCCAAAAGCAUAAACUGCAAUAUUACUAUCUGUCUCCUGCCGGGCAAGACUCAGAAACAACGCAGCACAGUCAUCAAGAGAAGUCGGAAUCCAAUCUUUAACGAAGACUUUUUUUUCGAUAGUAUCUGGGAGGAGGACAUUGAGACUAGGUCCUUACGGUUCAAAGUAGUUAAUAAGAUGUCAACUAUGAAAAGGGACUAUAUUUUGGGAGAAUGUGAGAUUUUGCUAAAUAAUGUACUAACUAUGUAAAAAUGAUUGCAUGCUAGUAAAAUUGAACUGUUUACUUGCUCUCUAAACAGGCCAUGAUACAUUGUUGAUCAAAGAAUAA